CUCCUUGCUGAGAACUGCAAACUCCCUGGAUUAUUAUUAUUGUUAUGUCUCUCGGGCGCUCUUCUGCAGCGCGGUCUGUUUAGGUUAACGGGGCUGUGUGGUUUACAUUUUUAUUUGGAAGGAAUUGCUCGGCUUUUCCAGCUGUCUCAGCUGCUUGCACCAGACGCGCGCGCGCACACACACUUCUUUUUUUAAAUUUUUUUUUUGUUUCUUCUUUUAUUUUAAUCUGGCAACGCAAGGAUAUGAACAAUUAUACAGGUGGGCUACUCAGAGGGAGUGAAGCUCGAAGGCGUCCAAUCAGGCGUUGGCAACCUGCAGCCCUGUCAAAAUGCCUCUCCAACAGAUCUCUGUAGUCCCAGCGCGGGAGACUGCCAGCAAUGGGAGAAGUUCAAUGGGCAGAAACAAAGAGAAGAACAAGGAAGUCGAGAAUUUCAGAAAUUGAAAAGGGAUAAGUGGAAGGAGAAAAUGUUGGGCUGGUGCCAAGCGAUAGCCCGUAAUCCUCACAGACUCCCAAACACUACAAGAACCCCUGAGGUCUCAGUUGAUGCUUCACAUAUUUCUGCCUUGAAUGAAAAAUCUCCAGGCCGUUCAACAAGUCGAUCAAGUAACAUUUCAAAGGCAAGCAGUCCUACCACAGGGACAGCUCCCAGGAGCCAGUCACGGUUAUCUGUCUGCCCUUCUACUCAGGACAUCUGUAGAUCUCCCACCUUGCAUGACAUAUCCGAAGAUAAUUUUGAAAAAUCAACCCCUGUCAUGGUGCUGACUUCGGCUAGUAAAGAGCCUAGUAAGAAACAAGUGAAGCGAAGGGUUAGGCGGAGGAAGGAGACUGUGGAAAACCUUGAGCCCACAGAAAGGCAAAGGAAAGAGAAUGAUGGCAAAUUGCACUCCAAGAUUAUAAAUCCUAGAUGGAAUGCCUUGCACAAGAUGUCAACCGAUUCAUCCUCUUCAGAUGAGAUUCACUGGGCAAUGAUUAGAAAAAGAGAGAGAGCUAAAAUGCCCAAGAGAAUGAAAAGACGGAGUACUUCAAACACUCAACCAGAUGGGUCUUCCAGUAAGAAUGCCAUUGAACUUGUCACAAUGGACACAGAUAAGGGAAAGAAGCAAGAAGUGGCUGAGCCUGAAGGCCAUGCUCUAAAUCACCGGAGGAGAAAGAUUUCAAAGUGUCGAGCAACCUGUCCCUCGCUGUCUCCAGUAUCCUCUGUGGAAGCAAAAAGCUCCUUGAGACAAUGUGGGAAACAAAAGGGCAAGUGCAGCUGUGAGGACCCAGGCACUGCUGCUUACAUUAGACGAGGCAAAGCAAGCAAGGAGCAAAGUGGUUCAGAAACAGGCUCAGGCAGUAAGAGUUUGUCAGUUUCAGAAAAUGGAACACCUGCUGGGACAGGGCCUGCUGCGACGGUGGCUGUUCAGAAACCUCCUGUGUUGUAUGAUGAUUGGUCUGAUGAUUUCGAAGUGUGCAGGAUCUGUCACUGUGAGGGAGAUGACGAAAGCCCCCUCAUCACACCGUGUCGCUGCACAGGGACCCUACGUUUUGUUCAUCAGGCCUGUCUGCAUCAAUGGAUUAAGAGCUCGGACACACGCUGUUGUGAACUCUGCAAGUAUGACUUUAUAAUGGAAACCAAGCUUAAACCUCUUCGAAAGUGGGAAAAACUACAGAUGACGACAAGCGAGAGGAGAAAGAUAGUUUGCUCAGUCACAUUCCACAUUAUUGCUAUUACCUGCGUAGUUUGGUCACUGUAUGUACUAAUAGAUCGGACUGCUGAGGAAAUUAAACAAGGCAAUGACAAUGGUGUCCUGGAAUGGCCAUUUUGGACAAAGUUGGUUGUGGUGGCCAUUGGGUUUACUGGAGGCCUCGUCUUUAUGUACGUACAAUGCAAAGUCUACAUUCAGUUGUGGCGAAGGCUGAAGGCUUACAAUCGAGUGAUUUUUGUUCAAAACUGUCCAGAUACUGCCAAAAAACUAGAGGAGAAAAAUACUUCCUCCAUUCAGAACACUGAAAUCAAAGAUGCUGUAGUGGUGCCAGUAUCACAGACAGGUACAAACUCUCAGCAAUCAGGAGAAGAAGAAACAGUUUCUGAUGUCAUGCCGGUUUGAUAGAAGUGGCUUCCCCCCCUCCUUCGUUGAAGAACAAAAUAAUGUGCUUUCUACUCUUCAGCCACAGUAAAGGGCAAAACUGCGAAGUAUUUUUGAAGAAGAGCCAACAAGACAGUAAUCAAGAUAAGUUACAUGUUACCUCUGGAAUGUAAUUUUCAAGCAAUUUUUCACCUUUCUGGCUAGGCAUAGAAAAGGUGGCCAUGAAGAAAGUACAGCAGAGACCACUUCUAAUAGGCAAAGCAACAUGGCAGCACCAUUGUCAAUGGCUGAAAAGAACUGCACAUGCAGAUGUACUACAGGAGUUCUGUUUACAAGAGGGGAAGAAACCCUUCUGUAUUUGCUACUAUGGUCUUUUUGCUAAUUACCAUCAUCUUGAAAACACACUUCAGAACAAUUUUUUAAUGUUCAUAUUAACCCUUAAAAAUCAUGUAAGAGACAUGUAUCAUAGCACAAAUUGUCUAAGCCCCAUAAUAUAGUACUUUAAUACAGAAGUGGCUUGCCCAUAGCAUCUAUGGUUUGGAAACGACAUUUAAAAUUCUUUUUUCCAGGAAGUCAUCAUUUUAAACAUAUGUUUAAAAUGGAAGUAUUUGUAAAUUAGGUAGUUGAAACAAUAUUCCUUGGUCCCCAGUAAGCACAGAUGACUAAUACCUUCAAGACUUCCUUUAAAAAUAUUUUAUUCAUCUGGAACAGCAAUCUGGUUACUGCUUAUUCUUAAACGUAUGAUAAAGUUAAGAACUGAACUGGGGGGGAAAUAUUCCUGCCACUUUAAAAUUCUUCUUCUUAAACAGUAAUACAUUCUAUAAUCUGAAGUAUUAUAGACAGGAGUACUUUAGUUCACUGCAAAAGACCUUGAAAUGUUUUCAGUACUUAUUUAUUAGUGUGUGAAAUAUGCAAAGGAUGGGAUAUUAAAGUCUAUUCUUUUGUUUUAAGAGAUCAGGAUAGAACAGACUCAAAACCAUUAGGAUUGUCUUGAAAGACUCUAUGUAGGCAGUAUUACCAGAAUGCCAAUAUUGCUAACAUUCACAUAAUUGACAAGAUAUAUGCGAUAUCUUCUAUAAAGGGAUAAGGCUGAGCUCUUAAGAGUUCAAUAGUUCAGUUGUUACUAUUGUGUUUUGACCAUUUUAAUGUAACACUGAAGUGUGACUGAUGAACAAAAAAUGUAGAAGAUACAUGUCAGUAUAAUGGUGUGCCUAGUAGGGAUAAGUUAUGUGAAAAAAGAACUUUGGCAUCCCAUUUCAGAAAUAUGUGCCUAAGAUGUCUACGUAAUCACAUAUCCUAAAAGGAAAGAAGUCUCUCCUGUAUACCGCUUAAUGCUUGUUGAAUGUAUUGUGAGUUGUGCCCAAGUAAUGUGAGUAAUACACUGACAGUUUUACUAGUAAGGAAGAGAGACUUACAAUGGCAAAGUACAAUGGAUAAAAAUGUAAAAGACGAUUUUUAAAAGGAUGACAAACUGUGAUGCAAAUUUUAAACAUAAACCUGACAAAGGCUCACAGAAAGUAAAUAGUUUCAUUAAAAUCAAUCAGCAUUUUCCUAUUGAUUUUAGUGGGUGAUGGCACCCAUCGUCUUUAUUAGAAUCAUGGUCCAAGUUGAAACUAUAUUACGCAUGAGAGUGAUGUUAUGCAAGGCUAGAUUUAUUUAAUGUUUGAGAUCUUCCUGGAGUGGAAGCUGCAUAACUGACAGGUAAAUGAACUCUUUCAUUCUAAAAAAGAGAGUUCCCUUUUAGCAAGAAAAUUGACAGUUGCAUUAUCACUGCAAAUGAUUUGUGGAUUUAGUGCAAACAGUAUUUCAACUGACGUAAUUGGACAGAUCAAACAAAAAUAGGAUUACAGUCUAAAAUAAAGCCCAAACUGGAUAGUUUGCAUCCAUCUUAAUUAAGGGAGUGAGACCAGUAAACAGUAUAUAGCCUGGAGUAACCUACUAAAUGAUAUUUCUGCCCAUCAGUAGACACUUAUGAGAAUACCAGUGCUUUGAAGCAAUUGACUGAAUGUGGCAAAAACAAUGUUAAGGUAGAUACAGCAAGUUGCACAAUACAAGACAAAGGUACAAUAUAAGUUGCCUAAUAUUGCAUUAAUAUAGAACAUAACUCUGGGUUCAGAUAAUGAAUUUGAUGAAUCCUUGCAGCCAGUGGAGUGUGUGUAUAUAUAGAAAGAGACUUUAUUAAAAAUGAUAAUUUUCAAGUUCAGGCCCCUAUGGAUUUGGGGUAGUUUUAAAAAAAAAAGCAUCCCAAUGCCAUCCAAGUAUUGAAUCUAUGGAGAUCUUGGCAUGACUAAAAAUCACCAUGUGUAGAAGGUAAAUAGUCCAUCACCCCAACUUGAGUCAAAGAGGCCUGAGGGAGUAAUUGCAUCAAGCCAUAUUUUCAAGUCAAACUGGUGGUUUGGGCUUUGUGAUUAACAUGAGGUUUCCAAAACGCAAUGCAGGUAGCUGAAAUGGCUAUGAAGGGAUAAUUAUCACUUUUUUUAAAAAAAAUGCCAGUUGUCACCGAAUUGAGUAUUAUCAAUCUUUUCUACUGCCAGUGUAUGAUGUGACAUACACUGAAGUUGUGCUAACUGAAGUUAUGCUAAAAAGAGACACCUUUCUUUUAGAUACCUGAAGUUAUGCUAAAAAAAAGUUUACAUGGUGGAAUAAGUUUCCCUUCACAAAAAUAAAUAAAAUAAUGAUUUAACACUAAGAUGGUGUUAAUGCCAAAAUACUUUCAACAACUCUCUCUGGAGUGUCAGGAGUGUCCUGGGUUAUUCAUUAGCUUUAUGAUCGUAUCUGUUGGUGCUAUUGCUACAGCUGGAAAGCACUCAAUAGUGUGAAUCUGAAAUGUGUAUCUGAGUACACUUAUCCAUCACCAAAAUUAGCUUCUUUAAAUUCUAAACCUUGCACUGCAAUGCAAUCUAUGAUGCAAAUAUUUUACUGUGUAUGAUCGCUGGACCUACGAGUUUGUAACUUGUUUUACCCAGUUCUCUUUGCAAAAGAGCUUAGAUGCUUCUGUGGGUGACUUAUGCAUUAAAAGGUAUUUGGGAUGGGAAAGAAACUUAAUAUAACUACUAAUUGUUGUGGAACAAAUUUGUAUUUGUAUUAAACAGAUGCCUCAA